CUCAGCCAUACACCCUCACUCACACAUACACCCACAUACACGUACAAACACAGGAUGUACGGUGUACUGCGGCUACUUUUGCUGCUGCUAGUCGCAGCAGUCGCGGUCGGUGUAACAUCUGGCGCCCAGCGACACAAGAGAUUCGUCGCCUUCGGCAAGGGUAGCACGUUCGCCUACCGGCUGAACUACAAAGUGCCGCUAUUCAAGAACAACACCAUACUGUACCAGGCCAGCGGUUUCAAAGCCGCUUGGCAGCUACCUGAGAAGAGCGACAACUACAAGCUGCAGAAGCCGCAGCCGCCGAGGUCGAGGAGGAGGUGGAGCAACUCGGGUGGCUACCGCCGCCGAAUCGGCUCCAGGGACAUUCGCGAUACCAUGCACGAUCUUUACGAAAGCCACGGCUUUGAUGGCAAAUCUUGCCUCGCGAAAAGCCUCUGCCAAUCUCUCGAGCUCGUCGAGCGCAAGGACGGAGUAAUGGGAAAAAUAGCGCACUUACUCUUCGGUCAGUCGUUGGCUGAUUCGCUCGUAUGCGGAAAUUAUGCCUCAACCGACGAAGCCGAUCGCUGCCCUCUCAGCCUGAUCGGAUUCAAGCCGAUUCACGCCGGCUCGGAAUUAUGAAAAGAGAGAGAGGGAAGGAGAGUAAAUCCGGGAGGGAAGGUAUUUUCCUGCCCGCGCUAACGAGUGUCAACGCUGUAUAUAUGUGCAUCGGCGGAGUCGGCAUCGGAUUAUGUAUUUUCCAUUGAGGAUUUCGUAUUUAUAAAUACUUGCAUGCCACGCGUAACUGCUGAUUUGUACGU